AUGAAUGAAAUGCUGCUAUUUUUUGACAGUUAUCCAUUAAUAUACAUUGAUGGUGUAUUGAACUGCCUAGUUUUUAUCAGUUUUAGAACUAUGUUUAUUACUUCUGUGCGCGUUCCAAUAAAUUCCUUGAUAACAACGGCAGUAUGCCGUUUGCAAUCAAAUUUAGCCGAAGCUAUGCUACAAGCUGUUUCCGGAAUCGAUAUCAACCAAGAAGAAAAAGAUCAAAAACGAAGUUUGGAAGAACAGCGAGAUAGUAAAGGUGAGCCGUUUCGUCCUGUUUAUUUGGGUCCAAAUCGAAAAUUACGGACACAGUUGAACAUUGAAAGGGAAACAGGUCAAACCGAAAUUAAAAGUCUACCACGAGGUGAUUUAUUUCAACGAAUCACGGUACGUCGACCUCGGAAAGAAGAAAUGAGUACCGAACAAGAUUGGCCAAAUGUCUGGCCAGUUUCACGCUCAUUUCGAUCUUCUGUAGUGCCUCUUCCAGUUCGAAUGGGUUCCAGAAGGCAUCCAGAUAGAAGAGCGCCUUUCAAAACGGAAGGAAAUUUAGAGUUGGUGAAAAUACCAAACUUUCUUCAUCUUACUCCGGCAGCAAUUGAAAGGCACUGCAAUGCAAUAAAAAAAUUUUGCACAAAAUGGCCUGAGAAACUGGAUGUGAACAUGCGUCAUAAAUUUUUCCCAUUAAUUUUGUCAUAUUGUGACUACGUACAUCAGGGUAAUUCGCUGCGAGACAUGCGUUCGCGUGUCAUUGUUGUUAAUCUCAAAGUAUCUGAUCUACAUCUUGAUGAGCAUGCUUUUGAUAAAUUAGUUCGACUUGCAGGGGAUAGAUAUAAUCCUGAAACUGAUAUGCUCACAGUCAUAACUGACAGGUGCUUCACAAGAAAACAGAAUUAUGACUAUGCUAUGUAUCUUCUUGUUGCUUUAUAUAGUGAAUCGUACAAAAUCGAGGAUUGGGAAAUGAAAAAAUUCGAGAAUAUCCGAUUGGUUUCUCGAACCAAUGACUUUUGUGGCUCCAAAAUGGAAGCUAAUUUGCGUCCUUUACUUAGCAAUCUCUUGAUAAAAAAUGUAUCUCUUUAA